CCCGCAGUCUUCUCACCUGGCGUUCCGCUUCCCGUCUUAGAGGAGGGCUCGUGUGCCCGCCCUGCUUGCUCGCCUGCUAUCAUAUACCUGCUCGACCAUCUGGCCGGCCGGCUCGCUCCAGCAACGACCCGUGUUGUUUCCCUUCUCUGCUUCGCCCUUCCCAUGGUUCAGUCUUGUCCAGCAGCAGCAGCAUCAUGGCCUACCCUCCGUACAAUGAGGAGGCCGGCUAUGCCCCUCUACCCCCCGACAGUGACACGCUCGUCGGGCUCUCCCCGAGCCACCGGAGUGGCCUGACCGCCGUCGCCUUCUUCGGCACUCUGUCCUUUGUCACCUCGACGGUGCUCUUCCUCUUCCUCACCGUCAAGCUCAUCCGAUGGCGUUUUGCUCCACACCCUUCAUCAGGGCCUUCGUUGGAGCAGAGGCGAGCCGAGGAGGACGCCAAGAACACCAACGACAUCUCCCUGGGCCUCACAGCCAAGAACUUUGCAACUAAGCCGACCCAGAGCAAUCCUCCACCAGCGCCCUCCACCCGGGGGCCUUACAGGCGGAAGGCGCCCAACCAGUUUUUGAUUCUCGUCUACAACCUCCUCCUUGCCGACAUGCACCAGGCCACCGCCUUCAUGCUCAACAUCACCUGGCUCAACCGCAACGAGAUCGCGGUUGGGACGGAUGCCUGCUGGGCCCAGGGCUUCUUUGUGUCUAACGGCGACUUGGCUGCCAGCUGUUUCAUCACCGCCAUUGCCUUCCACACGUACUUUUCCGUCGUCCGCGGUUACCGGCCACCUCACCGGGUCCUGUAUGCCAUGAUUGGAUUCCUGUGGGUGUUCGUGUACCUGAUGGGGGGCCUUGGCGUGGCCAUCACCAACAAUGGCAAGGAAGCCGGUGGUCUUUAUGUUCGUGCCGCUGCCUGGUGCUGGAUGAACGUAAAAUACGAAAAGUACCGGUUGUGGCUGCACUACUUCUGGAUCUUCGUCUCUCUCGCGUUGACCAGCUUGCUGUACACUCUCGUCUUCCUGUCCCUUCGCUCCAAGAAGCCAGCCACCUCGUCGAACAACAGGCAGGGUGACUCCCGAGGCGACAGCGGCAUCGAUGCAGCGGCAGCCGCUAUGGCAGCCAGUGGACACCACCCUGCCUUCCUCGUGUACCCGAUCAUCUACGUCAUCUGCACGGCGCCGCUUGCUUUUGGACGUAUCGCCACCAUGGCCGGUGCCAACGUCAGCGUCGAGUACUUCUGCCUGGCUGGAUCUCUUAUUGCGUCGAACGGAUGGCUCGACGUGGUGCUGUUUUCGACGACGAGGAACUCCAUCAUUUUCAAGGCCAAUGUCGACGCAGAGGAGGAUGGCAUCGAGACCUUUGCCUUCAUGCGCACCCCCCACGGCCGCAGAUACGGUAACAUGGUCUGGGUCCAGGGAGGACUGAACGACGACACGAACCGGAGCGGCAACUCCAACGGCGGACGUGGCCAGCGCAAGAACGGCUCGUGGGGUUGGGAGGUCCUGGGCGAGCGCAUGGGCUGGCGAGGCGCCGUCGGACGCUCUGCAAGCCGCAACAACGGGCGUGACCAGUGGGCAAUGAGUCGUGGCAAUAUGAGCCAGGAGUCUCUGCGCACCGCCGGCGCUGACAUGCCAGACGGCGGCGGCAACGGCAUCAUGCUCGACACUGUAACGACAGUCGUGGUCGAGAUCGAGAGGAACAUGAAGGAGAGGGAGCCCUCUGCCUUUUCCUAUGAGAGCACCGACAAGGACGAGACGGCCCAGAAGGCACAGCCCUUGCGGAUGUGAGCUACAAGUGCAUUGCAUCACUGAACCUUUCGGUUCAUGUUUUCUCUUUUCACCAUCAUCAUCACCCUGCAUAGCGUUUGUUUGUUUCGCGGACACAUGCACCGCUUUUCAUCCGUGCUUGUUCACAUCGAUACCCAUCAUCAUACUUGUCCUGUCAGCGCACUUGAAAGAGUACUGUCAGUGCAUAAUAUAUUCUUCUGGUCGAGACGAGUCGUGUUUAGAAACAAUACCCAAGCAGUCGUUUCACCCCCGUCCCUGGCGGUACAGGAUCCUGUUUCAACACCUACUUUCUCAACGAUACAGCACGAGACAAUGGAGCAAGGCACGUACGCACAAAUAGAUAUAUAGGUACAUACAUAUAAACUCACAUAUGAAUCAAAUGAUCAAAGUAAUCACGA